AUGUGGCACAGUAUUCUGGGAUGCGCCGCGCGAGGCUUGCUCUGGCUUAGCCCUAAUCCUAAGCAUUGUUUCCCACAACAAACUCAACAAAUAACCACAGUUGCAUCUGGAACGCAACGCGCAAUCACUACCUCGAGUCCGGCUGCGAGUUCGAGCCCGAACCCUUAUGAGGAGACGGCACCUGGAAAUCGCCAGAUUUCACAAGUCCGUAUUUUGGUUAUGAGAUAUAAAGACAGUCCCCCGCCGACGGAUUGGAACUUUGGUGGUUCGGGAGCGACGUCGACAGCAACAGCAACGUCGACCAUAAAGACGACAUCGACAGUGACGCCGAUUGUAACGGCGACUUCUACCUCAUUAAUUGCGUCCGCGUCUGCGUCAUCUACAGGUGUAGUAUCCUCCUCGUCAUCUUCUACCGAGUCCGAGCCUGGUCUUAGUUCUGGACAGAAAGCGGACAUAGGUGUUGGCGCGUCGUCGCAUACAUCCGCUCAGACAAAUACUAGUCCUGUAACCAGUGCAACGGAGCAGCAGCAAGAACCUACUGCAACAAAGAAAGAUAUGAAGACAACCAUCCUCAGAGAAAGUCGAUAUCUCUCUGGAACAGAAAGUUCUGUCUCGGAAUUGCCUUCACAGAACUAUGAUGAGAAUAGUAGUUACAGGGAUUCGACAGUGCAGAGAGUGAUAAGUGAGCUUAUGGGUACUCCUAGGGCGGAGAUGGGAUAG